CCACGAGUGACCAGCGGAAAGCGGAAAGUGACCACGGCGGCCGGCGGCCGAACCCAAACAGAACCCCACGAUGUCGCAGGCGGCGAGGCGCCUCCUGCUCGCCGACGCCGCCCGCCGCCGGUGCCUCUCCACGGACGCGGCGGCGCUGGCCUCCGCGUCGUCGCAGCUGCCCAGGGGCAAGCGCUGGGACGCGGUGGUGAUCGGUGGCGGCCACAACGGCCUCGUCGCCGCCGCCUACCUCGCCCGCGCGGGCCGCUCCGUCGCCGUGCUCGAGCGCCGGGGCGUCCUGGGCGGCGCCGCGGUGUCGGAGUCCGACCUCGUCCCUGGCUUCCGCUUCUCCCGCUGCAGCUACCUCCUCAGCCUCCUCCGCCCCGCCAUCCUCCGCGACCUGGAGCUGGAGAGGCACGGGCUGAAGCUGCUGCCACGGAGUCCUUCAUCGUUCACGCCAUGCCUUGACGGCAGAUACCUGCUCCUUGGUCCGGAUGCAGAGCUGAACCACUCAGAGAUCAGCAAGUUCUCCAGGAAGGAUGCAAAUGCAUAUCCGAGGUACGAGGAGCAGCUGGAGAGGUUCUGCAAGCUCAUGGACUUUGUCAUAGACUCGGCUCCACCCGAGCUGAGGCAGGAGCUCCACACCUCUGUGGUUGACAGGAUGAAGGAUAGGGUAGACAAGUCAGCAUUCUGGGGCAGUCUUCUUCGGCAUGUGAUGCAGCAGGGGCAGAAGAACAUGGUGGAAUUCUUUGACCUCCUCCUUUCUCCGGCAUCAAAAAUCCUGAACUACUGGUUUGAGAGCGAUGUUUUGAAGGCAACUCUAGCAACUGACGCGGUGAUAGGUACCAUGGCUGGUGUGAACACUCCAGGUUCUGGAUAUGUUCUCCUGCACCAUGUCAUGGGGGAGACUGGUGGUCAACGUGGUGUUUGGGCGUAUGUUCAAGGUGGUAUGGGUUCAGUGUCAUCAGCUAUAAGCAAAGCAGCUCUUGAAGCAGGAGUACAGAUUGUAACAAAUGCCGAGGUUUCCCAAGUAAUGGUUAAUGAAACUACAGGAAAGGUAGAAGGGGUAGCAUUGGCUGAUGGAACGGAGGUGCACUCGCCAGUUGUUCUAUCAAAUGCCACUCCAUACAAAACAUUUGUGGACCUAGUGCCUGCUAAUGUUCUUCCAAAGGACUUCCUCUGUGCUAUUAACACAGCAGAUUACAGCUCUGCAACAACAAAGAUUAAUGUGGCUGUUGACAGGCUGCCACAGUUCCACUGUUGCAAAGACAUCAACCCUGAAGGUGGCCCAGAGCACAUGGGCACCAUACACAUUGGGUCUGAAAGCAUGGAGGAAAUUGAACUCGCAUACAAGGAAGCUGCAGGUGGCGUCUCAUCCAAAAGACCUGUUAUAGAAAUGACAAUUCCUUCUGUCUUGGAUAAGACCAUCUCUCCACCAGGUCAGCAUGUUAUUAAUCUUUUUGUUCAGUAUACACCCUACAAACUUUCAGAAGGCAGCUGGCAGGAUUCUAAUGUUAGAAAAUCCUUUGCUGAGCGAUGCUUUUCUUUGAUUGAUGAAUAUGCUCCGGGCUUUAGCUCAUCAGUGGUAGGCUAUGAUAUGCUGACUCCACCUGAUCUUGAAAGAGAGUUUGGUCUAACAGGAGGCAACAUUUUUCAUGGUGCAAUGGGCUUGGAUUCUCUUUUCCUCAUGAGGCCAGCCAAGGGAUGGUCGGAUUAUAGAACCCCUGUGAAGGGUCUGUACCUCUGUGGGAGUGGUGCACACCCAGGUGGCGGGGUGAUGGGUGCUCCAGGACGCAACGCUGCCUCUGUUGUUUUAGAGGACCUUAAGAAGGCAAAAUAGAUGUUGAAGUGGCAUUUUCAGGAAAGAUUGUAAAAGGCACCAACCAUUUGUCAUGUGUAGCUACUAGGGUCAUAUCACUCAUUUUGUGGGCCCAUUCGGCUGCCCAUCUAAUUUCGGUCAUGGGGUUGCGCAUCCUUCUUUUAUGAGAAUCGUCACAUUCAUACGGAUCGAGGGACCUGAUGGUGAAUCCAAAUUCUCAAACUGCUCAA